UGAUAGACUGCUGUUCCGCAUCAAAAAGCUAUCGAACAAACUCAAAGUGAUUUAAAAUGUUUCGUGGUAAUGAACGUGUCUCUAAACCAAGCUACUUAUUCAGAAUUUGCUGGGUGAUCGUCACCAUUGACACAGUGUGGACUACUGAAUGCAAAUUAGAUGAGUUUAAAGAAUAUUCCAAAGCAGGACCAAUUUGCUGUAAGCGAUGUGAUAAUGUGAGACCAGAUAACCCCUGUCCUGAUCAACAAUCUCUUCCUGAGCAAUGCCGAUGCAAUGAAGGUUAUGUUUGUAAAACCAAUCGCUGUCUCUUGUGUACAAAGAAAAUACAAUGUGGUAAAAACCAGCUGUUUACAAGAACAGGUACCGAUGGGUAUAAAUACACAUGUGUGGAUUGUCCAGAAGGGACGAAUCUUGAGAUAAAAAAUAUGACUUGCAUUCCAAGACCAACACCUACUCUAAGCUUGACCACUCGAGACAUGCAGACUACGUCCAUAAAUCACAGGACACUCCCAUUGGAAGAAAAUAACGGCAGAUAUGGAUCUGUACAAGGACAAUGGCCUAUAAUUCUUUUUGCAUUCGUGGUCUUAGUUGUAUUGUCAAUCAUUAUUCACUUCUUGAUCUGGAAAGUAAAGCAAACCAGGCACCAACAUUUAGCAGAGACGCAUCCUCCAAGUCAUAUCAUUGUGAAUCAAAAAGAUGAUGGUGAUUCUUGGAGCUGUCAAUAUCCAGAGGAAGAACAUGGAGAGAGCACAAUAGAGAAACCAUCUAUUUGCUAAUUAAACAAUGGACAAUAAUCACAGGUUUUAGCCCAUACACAUCCUAAGCUCAAUCAGGCCUGGACAUUUGUGAAAAGGGAAAUGUGACUUAUUUUACAAAAUGCAGGACCAUUUACCUUGAUCAUUGGUAUUGUAAAUGUUAAACUGUAGUGUUCCAGUAUUAGAAGAUA